UAAAUCUGGAUCUGAUUUAAAUAUUUGGAGAAGGAUAGAUGGGUUGCAAUCUGGCAACCCUGAUGCAGCGCAGGGGUGGAAGUUCUCCCGGAUGGCCGCGCGAGGGCGCUGGAACUGCCCGGACUGUUGUGAAAACUCGAAGACCACGCGAACGUGAGCGUCAGUCACGUGACCCGCGGCGGCUUGCCCCACGGUUUCCUCUCAUUAGCACGUUGGCGCGCGUGCGCGCCCGCAACCGGGGAUAUCCUCUUCCUCCUCGUUUUUUUUUUUUUUUUUUUUGCACGUGCUGCCUUCCGCCGUCGUACACAGCGAGCUCGCGCAGCCCUCUUGCUGGGGCGUUAUGGAGGAGCCGCCGGGUUUCCGGUAGCCCUCUGCUGCUAUUGUGACGACGCGAGAGCUCGAGACGGACCGCGCGCGCUAUCCAGUCCCAGCCAUGGCCCCGAUGCUCCUGCAGAAGCUGUUCAACAAGAAGGCAGCGAACACCACCGGGGGCGCUAGAGAGAGUGCGGCGGACGCGGAGAAUCGCUGGGCUUCGGCUGAGUUCGAUCUCGCACAAAUUCGCCUGAUUGUGUAUCAGGAUUGUGAAAGAAGGGGUCGCCAAGUUCUCUUCGACUCCAAGGCUAUACGGAAGUUAGAGCCCUCUGAACUGAAUGUUGACGAGACGAAAACCCCGCCCACCCGGAGUGGGGCGUGCCAAAUCGGCUGCAAGGCGAAGCCAAAAGAAGCUCCGCCCACUUAUCAGUACACAAGACCAUCCUCCGACGUGAACAUGCUCGGGGAGAUGAUGUUUGGUUCCGUCGCUAUGAGCUACAAAGGAUCCACGCUGAAGAUUCACCACAUCCGAUCCCCCCCGCAGCUGAUGAUCAGUAAGGUUUUCUCAGCACGUUGUGGAAGCAGUAACACAGGCAGCACCAACACUCUGCAGGACAGCCUGGACUCGAUCAGUCAGACGUGCCCGAGUCACAGCAGCAGUAUAGCUCACAGUAAUCCUGUGGACAUGCCCGGCCGUGGACACAGUGAAGACAGUGACAGUGGUAUCGCUCGUUCAGCGUCACUCAGCAGCCUCUUGGCCACGCCCCUUCCCUCGCCUGGUUCGUCCUACAGUAGCGGGUGUGCCAGCAGUUACCAACGGCGAUGGCUCCGUAGCCAAGCGACCAGCCUCCAGCACGGCCUGAUCCCUCGCUGGAGCACGGAUGAAAUGUUCAGCCUUUCGGAUGAGAGCUGCAGCUCGAACCCCGGGCUCGGGCGCAGGAAGAAGAUCGCAAUCAGCAUCAUCAUCAGCCUGCCCGAGAAAGAGGAGGAGAACCAGAGCUUUCAGGAGUUCUUCUUCUCUCAUUUCCCGCUGUUUGAGUCCCACAUGAACAAACUGAAGACCGCCAUCGAGAGGGCAAUGAUUGUGUGUAGGAGAAUAGCGGAGCCCAGUCAGCGGGUGCAGGUGUAUCUGUGCCGGGUUAUGGAGGCACUGGGAGAAUUCAGGAUGACCGUAUGGAACCUCUACAUGGCUCCACGGAUCACCGAGCCCAUCUGGCUGACCAUGGUAUCCCAGAGUGCCGAGCGAACCCAGCUGUGUCAGCGCUUCCUGAAGGAGAUGAGUGUGCUCAUGGAGCAUGGAGCCAAAACCCAGUUCCUGUCGUCUCUCGUCACUGCUGUUCUCAUGUAUCACCUCGCCUGGGUUCCCACGGUGAUGCCAAGCAACCACCCGCCAAUCAAAGCUGUUUACCACAAACACUUGUCUCACACGGUGGACCUGCUGGCCAAGUGUCACCCAUAUAACCCACUGUGGGCUCAGCUAGGAGAUCUAUACGGUGCUUUGGGUUCUCCUGUUCGAGUGUGCCGCACUGUGGUUGUGGGACGCCGCCGUGAGCUGGUGCAGCGCGUCCUCUACGUCCUUUCCUACUUCAUCCGCUGCUCUGACCUCCAGGAAAACUCCCUUCCUCACACCCAGGUGGACAGUCCUGCCAAUCCGUGCCCCUCUCAAAUCACUAACCCCACCCCCUGCCCUGAAAGGACCAAUGAGAAACCGUUUAUCUGUGAGUCAGAAGCUGCAAAGUUUACUCUUAACCCCGGGAGGACCAAUAAGAAAACACUGGUGGCUGACGCGGAUUUUAGCGAUCCGACUUCCAGCUUGGAAGUAACCAGCACAGAGGCGGACGGUUCUGAAUCACCCGACUCCUCCCCCUUUUUAGAAACAGCCAAUGAUCGCCUGGACUGUGCUCACGAAUGUGCAGGUGGGGCCGGACUAGAGUGCUCCUCCGCCAAUCCUAGCCCUCCUAUGCACAAGGUGCGCUUCAUGAUCGGCAGCCCAAAUGAGUUGGAGAACUACAGUCAAUGUCCGUAUCAGUGUGGGCGGUGCUUACACAGGAAGAUGCCCAGUCGGCUUUCAACGGGGAGCUUGGACAGUUCAGAUGAGGAGGAACAGUCGCACGGGCAGACGUGCACGGGAAAUGAAACGCAGCAACAUGAACUACCACUUCCCAGUUGCGACAUGGAGCUUCACCUCGACGUGAAUCAUUUUGGCCGCUCUCUGCUUGGAGGUUAUAGUCCCCAGUACAUGCCUGACUUCGUCCUGCACGGCGUCACCUCGGAUCAACGCCUCAAGCAGUGUCUGAUGGCCGACCUGGAACAUACAGUACUGCACCCUGCACUGGACGAGCCGGUUGCUGAGGCCGUGUGCAUCGUGGCAGAUACGGACCGCCUCUCUGUUCAGGUGGCUACGACUCAGCGGCGUGUGUGUGAGCCAGGACAGAUAGGAAGAGACGUGAUGGUCUCCAACCUCAUCCACACACUCCUCACAUCUGUGCUGCAGCUGCAUGCGCUCAACAUGGCUGCCGACUUUUGUGUCAUGCACUUGGAGGACCGCUUGCAGGAAGUCUACUUUAAGAGCUGUUCUUUGGCAGAGUAUCUGAGUGGACAGAGACGGGUUAAUGUGAAGGAACUGGGACUAGCGCUGGGAAUCGAGUCCAAUGAUCUUCCAUUACUCACAGCUGUGGCCAGCACACACUCGCCCUACGUCGCCCAGAUCCUCCUGUGAGCAGACCUUCUUCACUACACCGACCAAUCAAAGUGCUCUCCUGCCUUCCCAGCCGACCAAUGAGGAGCGGGCCCCUGUGAGUGAUAAGGAUGGAAUGUCAGACCAAUCAGGAUCACGUUAUUAGCCUAUAAAGAGAGAUCAGAUCGUAAAGGUUUACAUCAUCUCCAGACUGAGUGUGUGUGUGUGUGUGUGUGUGUGUGUGUGUGUGUGUGUGUGUGCGCAUCAGCUUUUUUAUUUUCUUAUAUGCACAAUUUCCACAAGGUUGUUUUGUCUUAAAAGAAAUGGAAAACUGGAACAGUCUUCAGUAACGCUGCUUUUUAUGGCGUCGCACAGCGUGAUGCGGAAAAGUGGCCCCUCUGUUGAUAUUUUGUUAUUUUAUAACGGAUUAUUUCAGACAAAUUGGAAUCCGGCUUUAGAUCUGCAAAGGCAAUCCGGUAAGAGUCAGCGUAGCGUAGCAGGUUAAAACCGGCCACAUUUCCAAACAUGAGCCUGUCGUUUUACUCAGUUUACGCCCCGCUGAUGAAAUAUUCUUGCACUGCAAUUUUUUUUUUUCAACAUUUUUUCCCCACCACAAUGUCGCCGUUCCGGGUGAUCUGUGAUCUACACGUGCUGCCUACGAUUUAAUUCGAAGCAACCAGGACAAGCAUCACUUAAUAAAUGACAAACAUUAAUGAAAAGCAUAUUGGUUUACAGCAGCGAUCACAAACUCUGUUCCUGCAGAUCUGCUUUCAUACCGAAUUAGAUUCCUACAGUAAUCCAGCACUGCUGAGCUCGAUCGAGGAAACCUAUCAAGAUUAGCCAGGCGUGCUCAAUUACGGUUAACUGGAAAUCCUGUGAUUCGUUUAGAUGUGGAGGAAACGGGCUGAUCGCUGUUUUACAGAAUCUGAAUUUGUGUAAGAUUUUGUUAUUUAUUACCAGAAACCGUACUUAAUUAUAAUUAAUAAUUUUCUGUAUUAUUUUUUUUUUCCGGAAUUUGUGUCCGGCUUAGAUUUGUUCUAUACAGGAGUUGUUUUGUAUUUGUCUCCCCCUUGUGGUGGCAUUUAGGUUUACAGACCAACAUAAAGAUUUUGUACUAGAGCUGGGUGGAGAUUGAGGUGAUUUUUUUUGUUUGUUUGUUUGUUUUGUUAAUUUUUUGCACUAUUCAGGUCUUAUUUAUCUCCAUAUCCAGCUCAUACUGCAUGUAAGUCAUCGUUCUAUACACGUUGUGUACUCAAGUAGUCUACAUAAAAAAAGACUUCAUUAACAGCUUCCUUUUAUGUGUUUGCGUGCCUCAUGUAAGAAGGUGUGUGUGGGUUGAUAACUUCGAUCAGGUGCUACCAUGUUAUACACUGUGUAAAAGUAUGUUAAAAGCGCAUACUGUUUUAUACUCAAUAUACUUUACUAAUAGCUUUGUGCAGAAUAAGCCACAUUACAGCUCUAUUCAGGCUAAAUCUCCAGUCUUCAUUUUACUCCUACGUUUUUAUUUCUUUAAUAUUCAGAGAAUGUUUGUUAUUUUUCUACACUAAAUUCUACCUCACGGUUGCUUUUCAAAGCAGUCCCGAUCGUGGACAUGUAAGACAAGCCAGGGUUAAAGAUCUCCUCGUGGUGUUCCAGAAACGCUGAAGAAUCCACACAGGCUGGGUUUUUGAUCUUUUUAAGUUUGAACCUCGGAGACGGAAUGAAGUUAAAUAAAGUUCUCAUAAUUGAAAAAAAACA